UUUCAAAUCAGUUGUAAAGUCACAGCGCUUUUAAACGGUAACACCUGCGACAAACCGCGCGUACAACACUUGCAUGUGGAACUAAAAUAAAAACAAAGUUGAAAAAAAAAAAACAAAUAAAAAAACUUUUUAAUAAACAAAUUUAACCAACAUCUAGUUAAUCAUUUAAAAGCCGUUAGAGAAAAUGUGCACAAAAGAAGCAACGUCAGCGACGCAACCGCCGGCCUAUCUCAACGCCGAUUACAUUAAGCAUGCACUGGAAAGCCACUUAAUUGGCGCGCAUGCUAACAACAGCAAUAACAACGGCAGCAACAUAAUAGAUAUAUUGGAAUGCGAAUUUAAACGUGCAACGGCAGAUGGUGAAAACUUUUGUAGCGUCAUCUAUCGAGUGUAUGUAAAAUAUCAGUUGCAUAACGCAAGCGCAGAAAAUUCAAAUGAAAAGCACGAAAUAACGGUUAUAGUGAAGGAUGUAUUAAAAGAGGUGGCGGAUUUGGGUUCAAAUGAGUUGGCAAUGUAUAAGCAUGUGCUGCCGGAAAUGCAGAGAAUUUUACAGCAAACUGCGAAUACGGCGGUCAAUGGAGAUACCGUUACACUUACAAAACUAUAUUCCAACUGUUACUUUUGCGAGCAUGAUGAACGUGAAAUCUACUUUUUAGAGGAUCUAAAUGCUGUGGGCUAUCGUAGUGUUAAUCGUUAUCUCGGUUUGGAUUUGGAGGAGACGAAAGUGGUGCUGAAAAAAUUAGCCGAAUUUCAUGCUAGCUCUAUGAAAUAUAUAGCAGAGUUCCCAACUGAGGCGGCUUCUUUACUUCCCGCAACUUUCGACCAAGGCUUCGGCGAUGAUUUCACGAAAAGCAUUGCAGUGGGUGGUAUUACUACAGCGUCCAAAAUUGUUGAACAAUGGGAAGAUUUCGAAAAUAUUGCUGAGAAAAUGCGUUCAACCAUCGUCAAAUUCGAGGAAUGUGCCAAACGUAUAAUGCGACCGGAGCGUUGCCGCUUCAAAGUGAUUACGCACGGUGAUCUAUGGGCGAAUAAUAUACUUAUGAAGUACGAUGUGGUAGAAGGCAAGACAGUGCCACUGGAUGCGGUGUUUGUGGACUUUCAAAUGGACUUUGUUGGCAGUUGUGGUUAUGAUCUAAAUUUUUUCCUCAACACAAGCGUUCAAUUGGAGGUUUUGAAGUUACAUCGCUAUGAGUUGCUGCGUUAUUAUUACACACAGUUAAAGGGCACCCUGAGGAAGUUGGGCUUUGAAGCUUCCACCAUACCCAGCUGGGAUGCGGUGAUGGCAGAAGUGCGUGACUUGGAAUUUACAAGUUAUUAUGCAAUGGUUUGCGAACUGCCGUUGUGCUGUGUGGAUCGUGACGGUGCACAGGGUUUAACUUUGAAUAGUUUAACUAAUCCGGAGGAAAGAGAAAAGGUGCACAAAAAGAUUUUUAGCAAUAAACGUGUAUUGGAAACUUUGCGCUAUGGUUUGGAUCGUUUAGAUGAACUGAGUGUGCUAGAUUUAUGUUAAAAUUUAAAAAGAAAUUUGGAAAAAUUUAGUAAAAAUAAUAACAGAAGAAAACCUAACCCGCGACUAUAUAUUGUGGAAUUUCUUUUCCUGUGCCUAAUUUGUGUAUCAGUAAGCAGAGAACCUAUGAACAGGAAAAAAUUUCAGCCUUACAGAUGAGUUCAUAAUUUUGAGAUUCCACUCGUGAGGAAAAUGCUUACACCUCGAUAUAACUAUAUACUAUGCUAACCGUAAAGCCAUGUACUAAGAAGUCUUAAGUAAUCCCGCAGCUAUGGGUAAGCAGUCUUAGUCAAAUUAUGCGGAGUUCAUGGUAACGAGCCGCUUUCGAAUAGCCAUAUCUCCUAAGGCGUUCCUUAGUUAGAAGCUUGUUUUAGUAAUUCACUGCCGGUUGAGGAACAUGCAUCAAAAGCCCAAAGAUUUACUUUCUGUUAUCGUGCUUGUAUGAAAAAUCGGGCGAUUUCUACCUCGAAAAAAUUUCCAAGUCUUAGCAUGCUCAGAUGCAGGAAAUAUAUUUUUAGUGUCUACCUCGCAUCCGGUGUAGUAAUCUACUUUCAAAUAUUUAACAACAAUCUAAUAUAAUAAU